AUGCCGUCAGAAGAUGAGCAACUGACUGAGCCGGUACCUCGCCGGCCAGCCAUACCGGUGCGGCGUUCCGCGCCCCGGAGGAUCCCACGUCUCGGAGAGCCUGGUCCUGCCUCCGCGGCGUCGGAUACCGACACAACGUCCAGUUCAUCAUCUUCUGGCCCGCCUCCUAUCCGGCGGCGUCCCAUCAGGACGCGUACGGAGAUGGACCUCUCUUUGAGGGGGCCCAUCCUCGAGAAGUCAGAAGACGGCACCCUCGUGCCCCCUGGUGUGGAGUUUGGUCCAGAUUACGACGGCGACCGGCCUCUGCCGGCGCGGACCAGGAACCCGCGCGACAUCCUUAACGAUGGCGAACGGGGGUUCAUCGUGGACCUCAAGAUGAACCUCCAGGUGGAGAUCGAGCUAAAGGCCGCCAUCAUGGGAGACUUGACUCUAUCUGUUUUGUAA